AUGGCCAUGUCUUUCGCGGAUUUGCUGCUGCCUUUGUUUCUACUCGUCUUUCUCACAAGAUCCCGGUCACAGUGCCCCACAAAUCCAUCUGCAAUCGUGAACGACACACAGGUUCUUCUCUCUCUCCGUGACAGGCUUGGCAUCAAAGUGUGGAACGAGACUGCCAAUCCAAGAGCAUGGCGGGGAGUGGAGUGGAGCUCGGACAACCAAGUGGAGGGCCUCGCUCUGUCCAGGUUUAAUCUCUCGGGAGUUUUUCCUGCCACCUGGGCCGAGCUUCCAUCGCUGGCUCGCCUGGACCUCUCGCAAAACGGCCUCUCCUCGCUGGAAGUCCCUUGCAAAAAUACGCAGCUCAACCUCCUCAACUUGAGCUCCAAUUCCCUGCAAGAGUUCCCCGGAAAUCUCUCCAUCCUCGAGAGUUUGGAAAGCCUGGACCUCAGUGGGAACAACUUAACAGUGGCCAGACUCCCAAAGUUUAGCUUGACCCUGCGAUCGCUCAACCUGUCCAUCAACAACUUAACUGGGAACUUUUCCAUUGGUGGUAACCUGGGACUGGAGGCACUGGAACUCUCGCACAACGGACUCAGCGGCUCCAUUCCAGAAACUUUCGGGGAGAUGACGAACUUGACACGCCUGGACAUAUCGUACAACAGGUUUAGCGGAGAUCUACCCAAUAUUUGGAGCAAGAACUUGGAGCUCAGGUACAUGCGUAUCUCCGAAAAUUCGCUCCAGGGUGGUUUGCCACCGAGCUUGAGAAGGCUACGCAAGCUCUCGGAAUUACGCGCUGCAUACAACUCUCUCUCCGGGCCACUGGAGCUGGAAGAUGGCGACUUUGCAAGCAUCGAGGUUUUGCACCUCGGGCUAAACGGGUUUAACAAAACGAUCCCGGCUACGCUGGGAAACUUGAGGAACUUGAAGAUCCUGGUUCUCAUGGGGAAUCGUUUUAGUGGCGCCAUACCUCCGGAGCUUGGAAACUGGUCGAACAUCAGAGAGAUAUGGCUCGACAGCAAUAACUUGACUGGAACAAUCCCAGGCGAGCUCUCGAAGCUCUCGCAUCUCCAGAAGCUGGUUCUCAGGGGGAAUCGUUUUAGUGGCGCCAUACCUCCGGACCUUGGGAACUGCUCGAACAUCAGAGAGAUAUGGCUCGACAGCAAUAACUUGACUGGAACAAUCCCAGGCGAGCUCUCGAAGCUCUCGCAUCUCCAGAAGCUGGUUCUCACGGGGAAUCGUUUUAGUGGUGCCAUACCUCCGGACCUUGGAAACUGGUCGAACAUCAGAGAGAUAUGGCUCGACAGCAAUAACUUGACUGGAACAAUCCCAGGCGAGCUCUCGAAGCUCUCGCAUCUCCAGAAGCUGGUUCUCAGGGGGAAUCGUUUUAGUGGCGCCAUACCUCCGGAGCUUGGAAACUGGUCGAACAUCAGAGAGAUAUGGCUCGACAGCAAUAACUUGACUGGAACAAUCCCAGGCGAGCUCUCGAAGCUCUCGCAUCUCCAGAAGCUGGUUCUCAGGGGGAAUCGUUUUAGUGGCGCCAUACCUCCGGACCUUGGGAACUGCUCGAACAUCAGAGAGAUAUGGCUCGACAGCAAUAACUUGACUGGAACAAUCCCAGGCGAGCUCUCGAAGCUCUCGCAUCUCCAGAAGCUGGUUCUCACGGGGAAUCGUUUUAGUGGCGCCAUACCUCCAGAGCUUGGAAACUGGUCGAACAUCAAAGAGAUAUGGCUCGAUAGCAAUAACUUGACUGGAACAAUCCCAGGCGAGCUCUCGAAGCUCUCGCAUCUCCAGCAGCUAGUUCUCAGCAGGAACGACAUCGGCGGGGAGCUCCCUUCCGGACUCUCCAACUGCACCGAGCUCGUCCGUCUCUCGCUGAACCAGAACAAGUUCUCUGGAAAUCUCCCUGACAGCUUCGGGAAUUUGAGUCGCCUGCUCAUUCUAGAGCUUUCUAGCAACGAUCUUGUCGGUUCAAUCCCGGCCAUGUUGCAAACCAUGUCGUCUCUGCAGUUCCUCUUCCUCUCAAACAACAGAUUCAGUGGCUCCAUACCGGACUGGCUUCCCAGGCUCACGAACUUACGAGCCAUGGACUUCUCGGUUAACAGGUUCUCUGGGGAGAUGCCGGAAAGCAUUGGCCGACUGUUUGCCAACGUCCAGCUUUACGACCAGAACAAACGGUCUGUGAUGAUUCAAACCGAGCGAGGACUCGUCUACAACGGUUUCGCCUUCCCGACCUACAUAGACUUCUCCUUCAACCAGCUGACUGGAAGCAUUCCAGCUGCCAUUGGCGACCUCUACAAGCUCCAGGGGUUGUACCUGAGCCACAACCAGCUAACAGGUCCCAUUCCCGAGUCCCUGGGGAAGGCAAGGAAUCUCUCCUGGGUGGGGCUCGCAAGCAAUCGUCUCAAUGGCUCCAUACCAUCGUCCGUGGCGGACCUCUCGUUUCUCACCAUCUUCGACGUCUCCAACAACAGCCUGGUGGGACGGAUACCUGACAGCCCGCAACUCUCGUCCAUGGACGCGGCUCUCUUCGCUGGGAAUCAGCUCUGUGGCUUGCCACUGACCAACACCUGUUCGAGCACUGCUAUGCCGCCACACAAGCUUAGAACAGAGGGACAAGGUGGUAGCGAACAGGACCAAAGAGAGGUGACAACACUUGUCAGCGUUGCCAUCUUCGUGGCAGCCGCCUUCAACGCGUUCUUCUGGACCUAUUUUGCGGCAAACCGCAGAGCUCAUUCCCAGCUCUGUGGAUGCUGGCAAUCAAAUCUCUAG